CUCUAUCAACGGGCCCCCAUAACCGCUCCGGCAAUGUCAGACUAUGAGGUGUCCGUGCAACAGCUCAACGAUCUGUUAACAGAUGACAAUGGAUUUUACAGCCAUCCUUCACAAAAUUCUAACGAAGUUUUCCCCGGGAUAUUUGUGGGCAACGAGUCUGUGGCUCAGAAGCCAAAGCAGCUGCAACGCCUGGGAAUAACACACAUCCUCAAUGCAGCAGAGGGCAACUCCCUCAUGCACGUCAACACUAAUGCCAAUUUCUACACCGACUACGGCAUCAUCUACCAUGGUAUUCCGGCCAACGACACAGACCACUUUGAUCUCGGUGUCUUCUUUGAGGAAGGGGCAGAGUUCAUUGCCAACGCUCUUGCGUUCAGGGAUGGAAGAGGCAAGGUGUUUGUACACUGCCAGAAGGGAUACAGCCGGUCCCCCACGUUGGUUAUUGCCUACCUCAUGCUGCACCAUGAGAUGGACGUGCGCUCAGCCCUGUCAGCUGUCCAUCAAAAGCGGCCCAUUGGCCCCAACGACGGCUUCCUCCGACAGCUGUGCCAGCUGGAUGCGAGGCUUAAGAAAUGAUCUGUCACAGUUGUUUGUUUCGUGCAUGUAUGAUAUCGAAGGCCCAACAGAGUGAGAAUUAGAGUGGCAUGGUGAGUACCGCUGCUGUCUCACAGUGCUUGGGUGG